AUGAGUCAUCUGCUACACUUACAGACUCUGAAUAUGAGCUACUACAAUAACUCGGGCGCAAACAUUCCCGCUAAUCUCACACAUGGUAAAGAACUAAGAGAAUUUGUUGUCAGUAACAAUGAGCUAAUCGGGCAGAUUCCUGACCAGCUUUGUUCCUUAUCAAAAUUAGUAGUUCUGAAUCUGGCAGUCAAUGACCUUAAGAGAAAUACUCCAGCUUGGAUAGGGAAUUUCUCUUCUCUGCAACUUCUUUCACUUACAAGGAAUCAGUUCCAAGGAAGCAUACCCUUUGAACUUAGUCAUCUAUCCGGCUUGGGUUUUUUUACAGGUUUAUGUAAGCAAUCUUUCUAUUACUCAAAACCAGCUGCACGGGCAGUUGCCUCCGGCAGUCCGGCUGUUGGCCUUACACUUCCUAAACUGAAGUUCCACAGUGAAUCCUUCAAUUCGGUUACAAGUGUUUGCCAUGGGGGGCAUCUUCUUCACGGAAGCAUCCCUUUUGGGAUUGAGAACAUUGUCGACUUGACCAAUCUGGUAUUGGAAAGAGACAAUAUGAGCGGUAAUGUUCUUGAGGUUAUUGGAAACCUUCGCAAGUUAGAGGGUUUGCAUUUGAACUAUAACAGGUUUUCAGGGUUAAUUCUGUCUCCCUGGAAGUUUGCAGAAAAUGAAUUUCUAAGUAACAAUCUUAAUGGCACCAUACACAAGAAGAUUAUUGGUCAAAUUCACAGCACCUCAUUCUUUGGAAACUUUGAAGGGUCUAGGGAAGUGCCACGAGAAGGAGUCUUUGCAAAUGCAAGUGCCAUCUCUAUCAAUGAAAUGAUAAGCUCUGUGGUGGCAUUGCAGAAUUACAACUACAGAAAUGCUCCAGGAAAAGAGAUGGAAAGCAUCUCUUGA